AUGAGUUCCUCGUACUAUGUGAACGCGCUCUUUAGCAAGUACACGGCGGGGGCCUCCCUCUUCCAAAAUGCCGAGCCCACCUCUUGCUCCUUUGCACCCAACUCGCAGAGGAGCGGCUACGGGCCGGGCGCCGGCGCCUUCGCCUCCGCCGUGCCGGGCCUCUACAACGUCAACAGCCCCCUGUACCAGGGCCCCUUCGCGGCCGGCUACGGCCUGGGCGCCGCCGCCGACGCCUACAACCUGCCCUGCGCCUCCUACGACCAGAACAUCCCCGGGCUCUGCGGGGACCUCGCCAAAGGCGCCUGCGACAAGGCGGACGAGGGCUCGCUGCCCGGCCCGGCCGAGGCCACCUUCCGCAUCUACCCCUGGAUGCGCAGCUCAGGACCCGAUAGGAAGCGGGGCCGCCAGACCUACACGCGCUACCAGACGCUGGAGCUGGAGAAGGAGUUUCACUUCAACCGCUACCUGACCCGGCGGCGCCGCAUCGAGAUCGCCCACGCGCUCUGCCUCACCGAGCGCCAGAUCAAGAUCUGGUUCCAGAACCGGCGCAUGAAGUGGAAGAAAGAGCAUAAAGAUGAGAGCCAGGCUCCCACUGCGGCCCCCGAGGAGGCCAUGCCCUCCGUCCCCAGGGCUGCUGACAAGGCCGAGGACGAGGAGGAGGAGGAAGAGGAGGAGGAAGAGGAGGAGGAAGAGGAAUAA